UGUUCAAACCAGUGCUGCAGUGGCCUCCUUCUCAGGAAUUCCUGUCCUGUCGCCUCAUCCCAAAAGAGGGAUGGCCCAGACGGGCUCAGUCCAGAGGGACCUGACAACGUGAAGGGCCAGUGAUGAGACAUCCUUGAUCCAGCACUUCCUCAGCCUCCAGGCAGCAGAGAUUCCCAUGAGCCCGUAGGGCUCCAGGAUGCAGUCGGUCCCCUCACUCCUUCCGGAAGCAAGCAAAGCCUGCGCACAGGUCUUAGUAGCGGUGAUUGCCAGAAGCCCUGGCCCUUCCACUCUCCCUGGGUCUGCCCUGGAAGGUAAGGUAGACAUGCUACACCACAGGCUACGCCAGCGCUCUGAUGCCACAUUGUGUGUCGUGGGACCCUUAGGGCGGUCCCAGCCCGGCUUCUGGGUACCACUGGGGACCGCCGCCGCGCGCGCGUAGCUUCGGAACCGGUCAGAGUCUCAGAGGAGCAGUUGUGCAGGGAAGCCAAGGACACAGCCGGAGUUCCCAGAGGCCAGCAGCCAGGGUCGUCCUCCCCACUAGCCAGAGACCCGCCCACAGCCGGUCGAACGCCCCGCCUGCAGCCCGCCCCCGCCUACUGCGCUCCGCUCCGCCUGCUUGGGUGCUUUCAGCCUUUGGUGAGCUCCAGGACCUAAGGUUUCUGUAUUCUCUUCGGGGUCGCUUUACCGGUAGUAGGCUUCUUUGGCUUGUGAGCAGUUGUCUGCCACUUCCAGCAUGAGAGUCUUCCUGCCUGUGCUGCUGGCAGCCCUUCUGGGCGUGGAGCAAGUCCAUUCCCUGAUGUGCUUCUCCUGCACCGAUCAGCAGAACAACAUCAACUGCCUGUGGCCAGUUUCAUGCCAGGAGACAGACAAUUACUGUGUCACGUUAUCUGCUGCUGCUGGCUUUGGGAAUGUCAACCUUGGCUACACCCUGAACAAGGGCUGCUCCCCGACCUGCCCCCGUGAAAACAUCAAUAUCAACCUUGGUGUAGCAUCCGUGAAUAGCUACUGCUGCCAAAGCUCCUUCUGCAAUUUCAGCACAGCUGGCCUCGGACUUCGUGCCAGUAUCCCACUGCUGGUCCUUGGACUCCUGCUCAGCUUGCUGGCUCUGCAGCAGCUGAGCCCCUGACUGUCCCCAUGCAUUCUCCAUAUCCCCCCAGCUCAGGAAAAGCCCGGCUCCUUUUAGGUCCCAGGGGACCAUAGGAGCCUUCAGCUCCUCCUGGGUGUGUCUAGUUCCCCUCCAAACUCUCUCAGCAUCAGGGCUAAGUACCAAAUCCACCCAUAUCUGCUCUGUGAAAAUGGUCCUAGCCACCCUUGCUUCCAGAGCCAAUCCUAUAACCUCCCUUGGGGAACCAGGGAAGGGGCAAAGAUCCCCUUGGAGUGUCAAGAGUACCAGAGUCAGCCCUGAAUCUUGUGGCUAUACUGACAAGGAUGUCCAACCCAGAUGAAUGUACAUCUGUUUGCUCAGUGUAUCCGUGUGUGAAUGAAGCCACUUGAAUUCUGGGGUGGGCAAAGAAGACCUGAAAGAUUCUAGAGCAGAAGGCCCCUUGUCUCCACCAAAACCCCUUCCCCUGAUAUCACUGUCCCUGAGUUGUACUCUGUUCAGGAGGCUGCCCAUGGAGGGCUGGCAGCCCCAGAUGCAGUUGAGUCCCUACUGCCCACACUGGCUUCCUGCUGCUAUUCUAGUGCCUCAAAUAAACUGUUCCCACCCA